CUGGCCCACCUGAGGUUUUUUUCAUCAUAAUUGGCGCCAGUUGUAGCGGGUCAUGUCGUCUCAUUGUUUUCCGAGCCUCCGUCGCCUGCCUUGCUUAAGUAGCUGCAGUGGCCCGCCAGGUAACUCCGUCUCAGGCUGUGAACAUGGCCAGGACUGGGUUCCGUGACACCAAGCCUCUGCUGGACUUACACAAGGCGGACGACAGGCAAGGGCUCAUAAAAACUUUGCAGGUUGCCUGUGGGCCCACUGAUCGCUGGCAGCCAGUGGAGGAGUCUGAGUCCAGGCUAGUGCCAGAAAAGGACCCAGAACCCAGAUGGAUACCUGUUCUGCCCUCCCGCUAUGUGGAUGGGAUACUAUCAGCCAAAAUGAUCAACAGUGUCUUUGUAGGGUUCAUGGACAAAACAUGGACAUACUCUUCUGGUACCAUCGUUCCGUCUAAAGAUGGAUGUCUGGAGGAGCCUUUGCUUCGUCACAAUCUCAGCCUGCCAGGCCUCCACAGCCUCCAGGCGCUGGUGCCCAGCCUGUUGCGCCAUGAAGUGGAGCUCGCCCUUGAGAAGCUGGAACUUGUAUGGGACCGCACAUUUGCUUGGGAAAUGUUCUUGGAUAUGAUGAGAAGUCAAACAUGGCAAACCUUACCUAACACAGAGAUGACAAGACACUUCAGUGACGUGACUCGAGCUGUACUGGUUGACUGGCUCAUUCAAGUGCAUGAGAUGUUGCACUUCCAGGAGGAGACUCUCUAUCUGGCCAUUCACCUCCUCAACCGCUCCCUCCGUCUGGUCAAAGUCACCACAGCAAACCUGCAGCUCCUUGGUAUAGUUUGUCUCUUCUUGGCAGCUAAGAAAGAAGAGUGCCUCCUGCCUGAAGUGUCUGGACUUUGCUACCUAAUGGAUCAUGCCUACACUAAGCAUCAACUGCUACGCAUGGAGAGAAAAGUCCUCACCGGCCUGAAGUUUAACUUGUCCUACUGUCCGCCUUUGCAUUUUCUACUGCUGCUCUCCUCCAUUGCCCGCUGCAGUGCUCAGAUGGUGUGGAUGGCUCGCUACCUGCUUGAGUUGUCGCUCCUGGAGGGCCGUUGUGUGGCGUUUCUGCCUUUGCAAUUAGCGGGAGCGGCCCUUUGCUUGGCCCGGCAUGUCCUGAAGGAACCCCAGACCCCGGAGGGUGAGGCUGCCUGGUGUCUCGCCUCUGGCAUUCACACUGGCAGUGAGACCGUCCUGCUGAGGAUAAUCCAAAUUCUGGCUGGCGCUGCAGCCAGAGCUCAAACCAGAGAGACCAGUCCUACUUUUAUCAAAUUCUCCUCUCGAGAAACAAUGCAUGUUAGCAGACACCCUGGUCUUAAUAAUGUCUCUACUCUGAUGGGCAUUUGCAUUUGACGGACAUUUGUCCUUAAUGCUAAACAAUGGUUAGACACAAGUCCUAACUCUUAAACCUCUGAGUAGGAGAGGAAGAACUGUGAUUAAUGUAAUAGCAAACAUUGUUACUAGCCUAAUGUUGCACUCUGUUUUAUGAUCUUAUAUUGCAGCUCAUUUAGAAAAUAUUUGAAUUGUAUUUGUAUGAAAAGGAUGUGGGCUGUUUGUCAAAUUGUAUAACUUUUAAUGUAAAAAUAAAGUGUCUGCUGCAAACAG